UUUAUGGUAGCAGAGCGCUUGGGGUGCUUGCCAGGGAGCUGAAGGUGUUCUCUGUGGUGCUUGCAAGAAGCAGCUCUGGUAUUUCUUGUGUCACGGAGCUGCUGUUGCCGGUACAGAGCGCUGUGGUGUUCCUUCCUUUGUGUGGCUGCGUCUUGUACCCCUGUGCUCACCCUCUGCUCAGAAGAGCAAGGAGGAAGAAACAGUGUUUUCUCAUCUCCUAGUUAGAAUGCUCAAACACUGAAGCGUUUUCAGGAAUCUUUUUGUAUUUUUUUUUCCUCAGCCACGGACAAGUUACUUUAUGCCUUUUUGGAUUGCAGAUUCUGAUUUGGACACUUUUAUUAUUUCAGUUCAGUUAAUUCCUGUUUUAAGUGCCUGCAUCCUCUUUCAGUCAUCUUCUUGCAGCAAAUUUCUGUGGGUGUGAGGCCUGUGCCCUUGUGGAGCACUUCCAAACUCUUUUUGGUCCUGCACAGGGGUAAGAGGUGGCUGGGUCUGUAUGCUGAAGCACAUUUUGAGAAACAUUAUUUAGUAAGAGGGAAAAAAAAAAAACCAUUGAAAUUUCUUUCUACUCUGGAACAAGCACCAAAACAAAUGUUGGUUGUCUUUUUAAGACUCUUUUUAAGACUUGAAAGGCCAUGUGCCAGGAAGUGUCUUUGAUUUGUUGGAGCCUGAGCCUUUGUUAUGAGCACAUUUUGCCAGUGUAGGUGAGAAGACCUGAACAGUACAGAAGAGGACAGAAUUAUGUGGUGUGCUGGGCUGUCACUGCUGUGAAACUGCAAUUCUUGAACACCACAGGGACAUUUUGGGUUUGGAAUCUGUUGCCUGGAAUCCAGAAAACGAGAAAAACUGGGAAGAGAUGGUGUCAGCAGGCACUUAGAGGAAGCUGGAAAGUAGUGAUGGAGACCUCUGCAUGUCAGGGGUGAGGAAGAUAGACAGAAGGACAGUGAAAGACUGCCUCACUUAGUGAAGUGAGGAAUUUAGGGAGCAGAUAGGAUAGAGAAAGUACAGGCAUGAAUCAUGAGGAGCAGGAAUUUGUGGUGGAGUGGUCAGGUAGGUGGUGAAAGCAGGAAGCAGAGGAAAUGAAUGCCAGUUCUUCAGGUGCUGAACUGACGCUUCAGGCUGGUCAGGUCGCAGCAGAUGGCAGGCUGAUGUGUAUGAUAAUACAGCCUUCAAAAGCACAGGCACAAAGGGCAGCUGAACUUUUCCCAGAAAUCUAGACAGAGCUCCAUCUUCUUAUGUAUGUGUAGUCUGAGGAGAGAGGCAGUUUUAUUUCUGCCAAACCUUAGUACCCCUUUGUCUCCUGCCAUAAAAAAAAACCCUCCUCAUUGUCCAUACAAUGUUUACUACAAAUUGAUGAGUAGCAGAGGUUUGUGUGAGUGAUGGGAGGGUACUGUAGUUAGAAGAUGGAGGGAUGAAAUGAGCAGGGGAUGUAAUGAACAUGAUAUUGGUGCAGGCACACCAAAAGUUGGAAAAGAAGCAACAGAAGAGAAGAAAGUAGACAGGCAACACAGAAAAUAUGACAAGAUGAAUAGGAAGGACAUUGGUAGUAGACUGGGUGGGUGUACACCAAAUAGAUGGGAGGAAAGCAACUUGGGUAUGAAUAAUUCUUGCUAGAAUUACUGUAUGGGAUUUUGUUACUCUGUUCUUGUUUCUGUGGCAUGGCAGAAGUUGAUUGCUAUCAGUCAAGCUAUUUCUUGUGUCUGAGGCUGAGAAACACUUUUCUUCUGUUCUUGGUUCUGAAAAAAAGCAUUGGGUGAAGAGCUGUUCCUCUUCAUAGUGUGCACUUUGGGUGGAAGUGCUUGACAGGAUAACUGGGAGGCAAUUUGUGUCCAGUUGAAUACCACAAUGACUUGUUAGCACAGAUGUCUUUAAAACACGGAAGCCUUCCAGCUGAGCAUCACACAAAUACAGAACACCUUGGAAAAUUACUAGUGUUCCACUAUUUUUCUUCCAGUUCUAUGUCUGGCUAUAUUUCUCCCUCAGCUUCUGUAAAAGAGAAGACCUGAGUGACUGCACUGGAGGCUGGACAAUACCCCAAAGGAGAGUUCCAGAGACACUGUGACUGAUGAGAGUUCAAGGCCAUGGAUGAAGAUGGGCUUGAAUUGCAGCCACAUGAGCCAAAUGCAUUUUUUGAUCCAACAGGAGCUGAUGCAGCACACAUGGAUGGAGAUCAGAUUGUUGUGGAAGUACAGGAAACAGUAUUUGUUUCAGAUGUGGUCGACUCAGAUAUAACUGUGCAUAAUUUUGUUCCUGAUGAUCCAGACUCCGUAGUAAUCCAGGAUGUCAUUGAGGAUGUUGUUAUCGAGGAUGUUCAGUGCCCAGAUAUCAUGGACGAGCCAGACGUGUCUGAAACAGUCAUUAUUCCUGAGCAAGUGCUGGACACAGACGUAGCUGAAGAGGUUUCUUUGGCUCAUUGCACUGUCCCAGAUGAUGUUUUAGCUUCUGACAUAACAGCAGAGACAAUGUCUAUACCAGAACAUGUACUGACAACUGAGUCAAUGCAUGUACCUGAAGUUGGACACGUAGAACAUGUAGUUCAUGAUAACGUUGAGGAAGCAGAUAUUGUCACUGAUACUCUGGGAACAGAUGUUGUUUCUGAGGAAGUCUUGGUGGCAGACUGUGCAUCAGAGGCAGUGAUUGAUGCCAAUGGAAUCCCUGUGGAACAUCAAGAUGAGAAGGGCAACUGUGAUGAUUACCUUAUGAUUUCCUUGGAUGAUGCUGGUAAGAUAGAACACGAAGGUUCUGCUGAAAUUACCAUGGAAGCAGAGUCAGAAAGUGGCUCUUGUAAAGUGGAUGGCAUUUGUCCAGAAGUCAUCAAGGUCUAUAUAUUCAAAGCAGACCCUGGAGAAGACGAUUUAGGGGGCACAGUAGACAUUGUGGAGAGCGAGCCAGAGAAUGAUCACGCAGUUGGAUUGCUCGAUCAAAAUAGCAGUAUUCGUAUUCCAAGGGAGAAAAUGGUUUACAUGACUGUAAAUGAUUCUCAGCAUGAAGACGAAGACUUAAAUGUUGCAGAAAUAGCUGAUGAGGUUUAUAUGGAGGUGAUUGUAGGAGAGGAGGAUGCUGCAGCCACCCAUGAACAGCAAAUCGAUGACACCGAAAUUAAAACUUUCAUGCCCAUAGCUUGGGCAGCAGCUUAUGGUAAUAAUAACGAUGGCAUCGAAAGUCGGAAUGGCACUGCAAGUGCUCUUUUGCACAUAGAUGAGUCAUCUGGACUUGGGAGGCUGGCCAAGCAAAAACCAAAGAAGAAGAGGAGACCUGAGUCCAGACAGUAUCAGACAGCAAUAAUCAUUGGUCCCGACGGUCAUCCACUGACAGUCUAUCCCUGCAUGAUUUGUGGAAAGAAAUUUAAAUCCAGAGGUUUCUUGAAAAGGCACAUGAAAAACCACCCGGAGCACCUUCUUACUAAGAAGAAAUACAGAUGCACAGACUGUGAUUACACUACGAAUAAAAAAAUAAGUUUACAUAACCACUUGGAGAGUCAUAAGCUGACCAACAAAACAGAAAAGCUUAUUGAAUGCGAUGAGUGUGGGAAAACCUUCUCUCACGCGGGAACUUUAUUUACUCACAAGAUGGUGCACAGGGACAAAGGAGUUAAUAAAAUGCACAAGUGCAAAUUCUGCGAUUAUGAGACAGCAGAACAAGGGUUACUGAGUCACCACCUUUUGGCUGUCCACAGCAAGAACUUUCCUCACAUUUGCGUGGAGUGUGGCAAAGGGUUUCGUCACCCGUCGGAGCUCAAGAAGCACAUGCGGAUCCACACUGGCGAGAAGCCCUACCAGUGCCAAUAUUGUGAAUACCGAUCUGCCGACUCUUCCAACUUGAAAACCCACGUAAAGACUAAACACAGUAAGGAAACGCCGCUGAAGUGCGAUAUUUGUUUCCAGACUUUUUCAGAUACCAAAGAGCUACAGCAACAUACGCUUAUGCAUCAAGAAAGUAAAACACAUCAGUGUUUGCAUUGUGACCAUAAGAGCUCAAACUCGAGUGAUCUGAAACGACACAUUAUUUCAGUCCACACAAAAGACUAUCCUCAUAAGUGUGAUAUGUGUGAUAAAGGCUUUCACAGGCCUUCGGAACUGAAAAAACACGUGGCGGCUCACAAAGGUAAAAAAUUGCACCAGUGCAGACAUUGUGACUUUAAAAUUGCAGAUCCAUUCAUUCUGAGUCGCCACAUACUCUCAGUUCACACAAAGGAUCUUCCAUUCAGGUGCAAGAGAUGUAGAAAGGGCUUUAGGCAACAAAAUGAGCUGAAAAAACACAUGAAAACACACAGUGGCAGGAAAGUUUAUCAGUGUGAGUACUGUGAGUAUAGCACUACAGACGCCUCAGGCUUCAAACGGCACGUGAUUUCCAUUCACACAAAAGACUACCCUCACCGGUGUGAGUAUUGCAAGAAAGGUUUCCGAAGGCCUUCAGAGAAGAACCAGCACAUUAUGCGACAUCAUAAAGAUGUUGGGCUGCCUUAAAGUCUCUUUCACAGACUUAUGGCUGGAAUUAUAAAGGAAAUUUGCCUUUCAGGCAGUUAGCUUAUUUUAAAGCCAAUCACCUGCGAUCACACACACAAAAAAAAAAAAAACCACACACAAAAAAAAAAAACAAAAACAAAAAAAAAUACUGUGCAUUUGAUUUGUUGCUGUAUAAAAAUAGGAUUAUUGCUUGUAGUUGACUUUUAUACCUUUUGUUCAAUAGCGUGUUCUGAAUUCUAUUCAGUUUGUUUAAUAAAUGAAGAAAAGAUGGCAACAAUAAAGUUGCAUUUAAUAAAGUAAA